AUGAAACAAGAUGAUCGUCCAUCUCUCAACUCACUGCGUGACACUUUAUUCCGGGAGAUUGAGCAUUCAAAGCUUAUGCACUUUGAUAUCAGCCGAUAUCGAACCUUCGAUGAAGGGCAUCCUGAAAAGACCUACGAUUUCCUGAUCACCAUGAUCAAAGGCUACAUAGCACGAGGAAAACAAGAACGACUGUUGAGGGAAAGAGAGCGUGCUGUUAAGAUGUCAUUGUCAUCUACCAAGACAACACCAGCCUUGGAAGAUGCAGAGAAGCCUGCCGCUCCCGUCAAGACCAAGAAGGAGAACGAAGCAGCAGCAUCAUCUACCAGUGAUCCUCCUAAGCGACCUAAGGCAAAGGCGAAGAGUGAAGCUGCCUCAGUCCUCCCGACACCUUCUCCGAAAUCUCAUGCCGACAAGAACAACAAGAAAGGCAAAGGUGGGAAGGGAAGAUCAUCUUCACCCGUUGACAAGAAGAAGAUUUUCUGCAACUACUUCUUCAACAAAGGUCUAUGA